AUGACUCAAGAACUAACAGCAGCCCCCGUGCUGUCCACACCGGACACGCACGUCUUAACUGAAGACUUGCCUGAACUCUCACGACACCCAGCCGAAAACUUGUCAGACGACCAAAUUUGCACAAGAUAUGAAAUCUCACGUACCAUUGAGGAGAUCAAACAGCACCAAUGGAGGCGUAUUGCGUUGCAGUUCCCCGACCAUAUGUUACCACAUUCUGCCCGAGUCUACCAAUUACUCGCUCGAGGUCUGGAAGAGGGUCGAUCAACCCACAACCCUCCUGUGCAGACUAUUGAUGAUCCCCCAAUAUCCACUAUCUCUCAAAUGACGGUUGAGGACACGAGGCCGGUAAGGCUCACGAUUCUGGGCGACACUUCUUACGGCUCGUGCUGUGUGGACGAGAUUGCCGCCGAGCAUGUUGAUGCUGAUGCUGUCGUGCAUUACGGUCGAGCGUGUCUUUCACCUACGGCGAGACUACCAGUAUUACACAUAUUCACAAAAAUGGACCUGGAUCUCGAUAUUGUAACCAAUUCGUUCCGCAGCCACUUCCCUGAAUCGCAUACAAAAGUCAUACUGACUGCGGAUGUGUCUUACGCGCAUCACAUUCAGCCACUUGCUGAACUCUUGACGAGUGCAGGAUACACGGACAUAUUCGCAGCAUCGAUUAUCCACGACCCUUCUUCGGCUAUUCCAAAUCGGACUGUACCCGCUACGAUUACUGAUGACCCUUCAUGCCUGUCCGAGUGGCACCUGUUCCACAUCUCCGACCCACCAACUUCUCUGCUGUUGACACUUAUCUCUCGCAUGUCUAGUAUCAAGAUUUUCCCAACAGGGGCCAGCGAAUCUUCUGCAACUCCUUCGACAACUAUUGAUAAACCCACACAAAUGCUGCUCCGUCGCCGGUAUGCCCUGGUCACAUCGUUAACAACUGUUUCCACGUGGGGCAUCCUCAUCAAUACUCUUUCCGUGAAGAACUACCUUUCGAUUCUUUCACAUAUUCAACGUCUUAUUGCUGAAGCAGGCAAGAAAUCAUAUCUUUUUGUUGUCGGCAAACUCAAUGCCGCAAAGAUCGCCAAUUUCUCCGAAAUAGGAGGCUGGGUGGUUAUCGGCUGCUGGGAGAGUAGCUUGAUAGAUUCAAAGGAGUUCUACAGACCAAUCAUCACACCUUUCGAAUUGGAGCUGGCGCUGAAGAGUGACGAUGAGAGGGUCUGGACUGGACAGUGGAGGGGCGAUUUCGAAGGUGUUCUCAACGCGGCCAGCAAGAAUGGCCAUGUCGAGGAUGGAAACAAAGAUCGAAGUAUUUUGGGGGAGAACGAGGGAACCCCUAAGGAUGACUGUGAAGACGACCUAUCACACAAUUCUUCCGAAUCCGAAUCGGAACCACCUGAAUUCGACCUCAGAACGGGACGAUACGUGUCGAGAACGAGACCGAUGGGCAGUACGCGCACUAGUAGUGGGCAGCUAGGCUCGUCUACAUCAUCUUCCACAGCACUUGCGAAGCGGAACAAAGGUGACAUGAUCUCGGUCAAUGGAAUUUCUUCCCCGGCAGCAGAAUAUCUAUCACAGAAGAGGACAUGGAGAGGUCUUGGAACUGAUUUUGAGGUUAAGUAUGAGGAAGACGAGGUUGGAAGCGCUAUUGAAGAAGGACGAACAGGCGUUGCACGCGGAUAUACUGUGGGAGAGUCUUCAAAGGCAUGA